AAUUUCCCACAAACACUACAAAGACAGUGAUCCUGCCAAGACCCAAAGGAAGAGAGCUUGGUGGACAGGAUGCUGGACUGGGGACAUCCCAACCGAGGAGAAAGGGCCAUCCUGUUCAAAGCAAGACAUCAGAGCAGGUGCUUGGGAGCAAAUCUUCCCCAACCUUGAAAACACAGCCUCCUCCUGAAAACCUUUUCAGAAAAUGGAUGAAGACCUUUUUGCAGCAGUUUAAUAAUGCCAACAUAACAGAUGAAGAACAAGAAAGUUCCUGGGAAAAGGGUACCUCCCUGUCAUCAUCUGUGCAGAAUAGAGGUCAAAUUAAAAGUAGAGCUGCCUUUACUGGGACUACUGAAGCUCAGAAAAUUAGGAAAGACACUGGGAAGUUCCUAGAGGAGAAGCUGGGGCAUAGGCAUGGGAUAGAUAUCACCUGUCCCCAAGAGCCCCUUGUCUUUCCAGUGGAGCUUGGGAAAGCUCAGCACAACCUAGAAGUGCAGGUCAGAGCAGCGCCUGUACAGGGCUAUCCCUGUAACUACAUGGCUCCCUCCUGCAAACUGACAUGUACAAAAUCGUCCAGCCAACAAGCUAUCUUUGUUGGCCAGAAUUAUCCUACAAUGAUUAGACAGAUCAUAGACAAGGACAGACAGCCCCAGAAAGUUGAGGCAUUUAAGGGGAAGAUAUUGUGUCAAAGGCAUCCCCAAUCCAUGCCCCACAGGAAGCCUAUGCCACAUCCAAACCCCACUUGCCAGUAUCAUGUCAACCUGGUGUGUCCAGUCAUUCCGACCAGUGCUAAAAGCACUGUGUUCAGUGAUGUGCCUUUACUAACUGGACAGAAAAUGCUUCCAAAGCAUUUCCAGGGAGGAAAAUUUCCCCCCACAAUAAUUCACUUCUUGUUGAGAAUCUUGAUUCUCCCCAAUAAAUAUUCUAAUAAGAAUAAUAUUUUCUCUGUGUAUUGUGUUGGGGGGUAUAGGUUUUGGGUAACAUAA